AUGGAGAAGUUCUAUACCUUAUUUUCACUUCUAGUUCUUUUGACCAUCUCGCAGAAGGUGUUGGCUCUGCCAACAUUGCCUCUUCAUACAAAUUCAAGAUGGAUUGCGGACGAAGAUGAUAUAAGAGUAAAGCUAGCUUGUGUGAAUUGGGUUGGACACCUUCAGCCAAUGCUGGCUGAGGGUCUCAGCAAGCAGCCUUUGGAUACAAUAUCAAAGAAGAUUGUAUCAAUGGGAUUCAAUUGUGUUAGGCUUACAUGGCCAACUUUCAUGGUUACCAAUGAGACCUUAUCCUCUAUGACUGUUCGUCAGUCCUUCCAGACCUACAACCUUCUUGAAUCCAUCGCUGGCCUGCAAGUCAAUAAUCCAUCCUUGCUUGAUAUCACAGUUUUGCAAGCUCUUCAGGAAGUGGUUAAGAACCUUGGUGAGAACAAUGUGAUGGUCAUAUUAGACAACCAUGUAAGCAAACCUAUGUGGUGUUGCAAUAGAUAUGAUGGUAAUGGCUUCUUUGGAGAUCAUUACUUCAAACCACGCACCUGGCUUGAUGGGUUAUACAGAAUUGCAACAAUGUUUAAUGGUGUUCCCAAUGUCAUUGGUAUGAGCUUGAGGAAUGAGCUGCGAGGACCUCGGACGAAUAAUAGUGUUUGGUACAAUUUCAUGCAAAAAGGUGCGGAAGUAGUGCAUGAUGCAAACCCCAAUAUUCUUGUUCUUAUCUCGGGUAAUGACUUUGAUAAAGACUUGGGAAUGCUUAAGAAUCAACCAUUCAAUGUAUCUUUCAAGGAGAAGCUUGUAUUUGAGGUUCAUUGGUAUAGUUUUGCUGCUACUGAUGCUUGGAUGCAUGGCAACCCCAACGAUGUAUGUGCAAGUCAAGUGCAUUUUUUGAGGGAUCAUGCAUUCUUUCUACUGGAUCAAGGGUAUCCAUUGUUUAUGAGCGAGUGGGGGGUAAAUCUAAGAGAAAGUAAUGUAGCUGACAACAGGUACUCAAGCUGCUUUUUCGCUCUUGCGGCAGAAUUGGACUUAGAUUGGGCCUUGUGGACACUUAUGGGUAGUAAUUACUAUAGAGAAAAUGUUAUGGCAAUGAAUGAAUAUUAUGGUGUCUUGAAUUGGGAUUGGUCAGAAGUCCGGAACCCAAGCUUCAUGCAAAGGCUCUCUGCUCUACAGUCUCCUUUCCGAGGACCGGGACUUUCUGAUCAAGAACAAUAUGAUGUAAUUUACCAUCCAUUAACGGGAUUGUGCAUUCCUAAGAGUCCUGAUGAACCAAUAGUACCAGUUACACUAGGUUCUUGUGCUCAACCUGAAGCUUGGACCUAUACACCAGAAAAGAAUCUACAAAUUAAGGAUACAUACUACUGCUUACUAGCUGUUGGUGAAGGUAAAUCUGUCGAGUUUGGAGCUGCUGGUGCUUGCAACAGACCGACUGCCAAAUGGGAAAGAAUAACAAGCUCGAAGUUCCACUUCUCAACAAAGGUUGACAAUACUACCUUGUGCAUGGAUUUAGGCUCUAACAAUACCAUUGUCACAAAUCAAUGCAAAUGCUUGACUGGAUCAUGUGAACCUGCUACUCAAUGGUUUCAUAUCAUCCCUAGCACUAUACUUUAUGAUUGA